AUGUAUAAAGUGGUAUCACACCUCAGUGGCCGCUGUGCACCUUUAACAGGACAGGUCAACUGUUCAACCAGUGUGGCCAGAUUUCACCUUGGAAGAGGGGCAGUAUGUCAACAAUCAGCCUUCAAAUACCGUCCUGCAGAGCUCUCGGAGAUGCCCCCGUGCAACUUCAAACCACAGGAAUACACGGGCAUGUCCAAAGAGCGCAUCAUGGAGAUCCGCAGCAAGAACCUCAGCCCCAUGACCACCAAGAUUACCUACUAUAAGAAACCGGUGUUCAUCCACCAGGGACACAUGCAGUGGCUGUGGGAUGUGGAUGGGAGGAGAUUUCUGGAUCUGUUUGCUGGCGUUGCUACUGUGGCUGUGGGUCACUGCCACCCGAAAGUGACAGCAGCAGCAGAGAAGCAGCUGAAGAAACUGUGGCACACCACCAACAUCUACGUCAACGCUCCAAUCAACGAGUACUGUGAGAAACUGGCCUCCCACCUACCGGAUCCUCUCAAGGUGAUAUAUCUGACCAACAGCGGCAGCGAAGCCAACGACCUGGCGAUGCUGCUGGCUCGGCUCUACACCGGCAACUAUGACAUCAUCGCUUUCAGAGGGUCCUACCACGGUGGCAGCCAACAGACUAUGGGUCUCACCUCCCACUCGCCAUUUAGAUACCCCAUCGCCACAAGCUCAGGAUGCACACAUACCAUGUGUCCUGACGUGUACAGAGGUCCGUGGGGAGGAAGCCACUGCCGGGACUCUCCUGUGCAGACCGACAGACAGUGUGGCUGUGCCCAAGGUCAGUGCGCGGCAAAUGAACAAUACAUCGGACAGCUCAGAGAGACAUUUCACACAAGCGUUGCGAGCAGAGUUGCUGGUUUCUUUGGAGAGCCCAUUCAGGGAAUGGGAGGAGCAGUGCAGUACCCUAAAAACUACUUCAAGGAGGCCUACAAGCUUGUCAGAGAGAGAGGAGGAGUCUGCAUCGCCGAUGAGGUCCAGACUGGAUUUGGGCGAACAGGAACCCACUUUUGGGGAUUCCAAGGUUAUGACGUCCUUCCUGAUAUUGUGACAAUGGCCAAGGGGAUUGGCAACGGAUUCCCAAUGGGAGCUGUUGUUACAACUCCAGAAAUCGCUGCUUCCUUUUCCAAAGCCUACCACUUCAACACCUUUGGAGGAAACUCUGUGGCCUGUGCUGUUGGGUCAGCGGUGCUCGAUGCCAUCAAAGAGGACGGAUUACAGCAGAACAGUCUUCAUGUGGGCACUCAUCUGAUGACAGAGCUGGCGAAGCUCAGAGACAAGUACGAGAUCAUCGGUGACGUCCGUGGAAAAGGCCUGCAGAUCGGAGUGGAAAUGGUCAAAGACAAGGCCACCAGAGAGCCGCUGUGUCCAGAGGCAAUGAUGGAAAUCUUUGAGGACGUGAAGGACAUGGGAGUCCUGAUCGGGAAAGGAGGACUGUAUGGACAGACUUUCCGCAUACAACCGCCCAUGUGCAUCACGACGAAGGACGCAGAUUUCUUUGUGGCAGUUUUUGACAGAGCCAUCAACAACUACAUGGACAGAAAAUGAGCAGAUCGGGGGAGGAGAUCAGUGAAGCGUGAAACCCACUCGGCAGUGGACUUUUUGUAAAUCUCUGCAAAUGUUGUAAAUGUAACUAUUAAUGAUUUCACCCUUAUGUCCUUUAACAGCUUUGUUCUGAAUGUUCAGCAAAACACCUGCAAUGCAAUCAGUUGAACUUAUUUUUUUCUAUUACAGACUCCGCUAUUUAAGAAUCUGAGCCAACAUGCGAAUGAGGAAAACUGAUUUGAUACGCAUGUAUUUCUCAUCAAAUUGGUUUUCAUUUUGCUGGGUUUAGAGCCAAUGAAUAAGCUUUUUUAUGAUUAUUCUGUGGUCAGUUUACACAUGUGCAAUGACGAUAGAUCUGACAACAUAUGCUUGAUGGAAUGACUUCACAUUUUUGUAGAUUUGAUAAUAAAACUGUAUCAUUUUGUUUUACUGUUUCACUAAUAAAACA